UGUGGGCUCGGGGAGGGCAGCCCGGCUGCUCCCGUGUGGGCUCGGGGAGGGCAGCCCGGCUGCUCCCGUGUGGGCUCGGGGAGGGCAGCCCGGCUGCUCCCGUGUGGGCUCGGGGACUCGCGGGUCGCACUUCGCCCGCCGGGGCCGCUCCCCUCCCGCAGCUCCGAGCCCGCCGCUUGCCCGAGGUUCUCCCGCUGCUUUUCCCUCGCUCCGCGGCUCCAGGGGGGUGGAGGAGACGCUUUUCCACAGCCUGGCAACAGAGCGCGUGUGGUAACCGCGGUGCGAGCGGGCGGGAACCGGCGGGGACGGGCUCGGCUCCCUGGGGCAGGAAAAGCAGCCGGGGAAUGGCCGGUGGGAACAGACAGCUGCGCAGGUUGGUCUCGGUGGAAGUUGGCUCUGGCUGCGGGAUGAGGUUUCUGCGCCUCCAGGAGGGAUAACCCGGGGGUGUCCGGAAGGAUGCUCGGGCUGUCCGAAGGAUAACUCGGGGUGUCUGGAAGGAUGCUGGUGCUUUGAACAGCUGGAAAGUCACCCAGGACAGUGAUUUCUGCUCUGUAAUGCUUGCUGAGGUUAUUGUAGUUUAAAGUAAAGUGUGGUGAGUUACUUUCCUAAUAGUGUUCAGUGAUUUUUCAGUGCUUUCAAGUGAUUCUUUGGUGUAAGUGCCUGACAAUGCUCAUAUUUCUACAAACAAGCAUCUCGUGGUGCUGAGCACCAGAGUCUCCUAGCAGGAGACUUCAAAAGUCUUUCUCUUUAAAAGUCUUUCUCCAAGUGAAUAGGAAACUUGGGAAUGCUUGCUGUUAUCUCUCCCCUGAGAAGUAUAGUAACUUAACAACCAGGAGAUAAUGGAGUGUGACACGUGACAGGAAUUGUAAGUGAAGGUGAAUUACAUUCCCUUAUAUUUUCAUGGAGCCUGAAUAGAAAAAUGAAACCUGAAACUUCAGAGUAAGGGUUUCAAUCAUUUUUGCAUACAGAAUAAUUAGAAAUAGUGGGACUGGAAUGUUCAGAGUACUUGUGGCUUUGGACAACAAUGAGGAGUGUGUAGAGCUAUGAAAUCUCUCAUUAAAAACAAUAUUAGUAACCUUUUGGAAUAGUUUAAAUGAAUGGCAGGGCUUUGUUUCUAAACUCUCUGCUGGCAAAUUAUUAUUUUUUUAAAUCAAGAAUUUCAGUCAGUGAAGGGUGAGGUUAUGAAUUGGAAGUUUUUAUAUAAACAUUGCAGAAAUGUUCUGUGAGUUUGGGUGGGGGUUUUAGGCUCAAGAACAGGUACCUGACAAAGGCAUCACUGCCUUGUUUCAAGGGUGGCAUUGAGGAGCAGGUUGGAAUCUCUUAUCCCCAAAAACCUUUCUGCCAGGUGGCUUUGUAAAGCAGAUAGGCCUAAAUAUAAAAUGAGUCUAAAAAAAAAAGGAUCUCCAAACUUGACACCCAAUUCUGGAACUUGUAGGAGGAAAUUUUCAGGCCUUCCCUGUUAUCUCUCUGAAAUACUGAGGUAAUGUUUGAAAUCCCCUUUUUAUUUACCAGUAGUGCAAGAAGCUUCUGUUUGUAGGAGCCACAGGCAGGGAGCACAGAAAAUCCCAUUUUUCUGAAGGAGGCUGGAGCACAGGGACAGCACUCAGACCUGUUUGGAGCAGCUGUGUAAAUUUUAAGCUUCCCUCGGAUUCCUGUGUGCCUUGUGAAGCCCAAACGCAGCACCUGCAUCGGUUUGGGAGUUUCCCAUGAUUUCAGGAGAAGUUGGUGUUUAGGAGUCUGACUCCUGCCUGCACGCAAUGCUGCUCAUUCCAGAGGAGAGAACCUGGCUGCUGAUAACAAGGACAUGGUCCAAGUGCCACCCCUGGGCAUUGCCAGCCACAGAGGGGAUGUGUUUGCCUGGGACAGGUGCAUUCCCAGUCUCACAGAGCAGGCGAUUCUGAACGUGCCAUGCCAACACCAAAAAUGUGAAACCUGUGGAGAAUUCCUAUUACUGUGCAGUAAACAGCAGAAAGCCAACCAUGGACACUCAGUUUUUCUCCCCAUUACUGGGAGCAGUCCCCAGUCCCCCCACGCCUCCGGAGCCCUCCCAGCUGUGCAACGACUGGCCGGGAUGUGCCGAGGAUUUUGCAUCCCAAACUGCCUUCCAGGAGUGCCCAAAGAAAAGGGCACCAAUAAAUCUUAAUUACUCUGGCAAUGGGCCUGAUAUGUUUGGGUUGGUGUCAAGCAUUUUAGAGGAGCCAAACAAACCAGAACCAGCUACAGAUUGGAAUUCUCUAUCCAGAUUGUUUCCCCCUCUGUGGGCACCUGAUCUGGGCAGCAAUGGGGAGUUCCCAGGGCUCCCAGCUCAGCACUGUGUCCAAAACAAGGAUUUCCCCAGCUUGCUGGGCACCAGCUGCCAUCAGGAACCCCUGCAGGAGCCUCCUGAUGUGGAGAUGCUGCACAGAGGUCUGGGAGACCUUCAGCUCCUCGAGUCUUGGCUCUCUCCCCAUGCUCAUCCCAGCACCGCCCCGAUGAACGCUUACCCUGAGAAUCCCUCUUGGCAGAACAGCACCACAGCUCCCCAGGAAGGGUUUUCCUUCCCAAGUGGGAGCUGGAACCAGCAUCUGUGCACUUACGACCACGGGAGGUUAAAUGGAGGCUAUGAAAAAUGUGGCUCCAGUUUUAGCCCUUUUUCUCCUCAGAACAGGAUGAAGGAAAGCCCCAGCGUGCAGAAGGAGCUUUGGAAAAGCGAAAGAGCAAGAGGAAAAGCUCUGAAAAAUUAUGCUCAAGGACAAAUUAAGUAUUCCCCUGAUCUUUCCAAUCAGCCUGGUGAUAACUCUUGGGAUAAAGUAUCCCAGGACAGCCAGCUGUUCUCUAAAAGAUGUGAAAACUUCACAGCUGCUCACAAACUGCAGUCACCUGUCCAUCCAUCACUUAAUUUCUUCAAUCAACCCACUAAGGAAAAUAAUUUUUCUGGAGGAACAGGCAGAAAACCCCAGGAAAGCCAUGUGCAAAAUGGCCAUCGUGGCUUUACUUUGGGAGAUGCUUUUAAUAAUAAUAAUAAUGAGUGUAAAGUGAAUAUGGGCCCUAAGGAAAGUUCUCAUGUAGCUGAAUAUGAUUUACCUGUGAAAAAUGCUGUGCAAAACGGGAGUUAUUCCUCAUACCAGGGGUGUGUGUGGCUGGAUGGGAAAAAACUGGCAGCUGCAUCUGAAAUUCCAUGUGGAAAACAAAUGGCCACGAGCCCCCAGUCCUCAUCAGGGGUUUCCACCAUGUCAGGGGGCUCUCCCACCCACCAGCCUUUCACACAGCCCUCCUACUACCCCCAGCUCCUUCCUGCCCUCCCUCCCAGGAAAGAUGGGAGGUUACAGACAUCCAAGGGAGUUCCCAGUCAUUUGGGGGUUCCUCAUUUCGUCUCAGAGAGCCAGAAGCAGGUGAGAUCCAUUGGAAGAUCACAGCAGGAUGCCGGGAUGAGUAAAGAGGGGCGGCGCCGCAAAUUCCCCGUUCGUUUUUCGCCCGACUGGUUCGUGCAGCAGAAAGCUGCAGGUGGAGACCCUGCUGAGAAAUACCACAGGUUCCCAAAAAGGCAGAGCCAGGAAAGUGGCAAUAAAGAUGAUAGAAGAGGUAGAACGAAUUGGAUCCCUCAUUUGGGAUCUGCAGCUUCAAACCACCAGCCCUUCGAUGCGUUUCCAAAAAAGCACGAGCAGAAUGGUGGCAGCUUGUCAGAUUUCAUCAAUCCUUCUCUGCUUCCUUCUUUCCCAUUCAUGUCUGAUUUUAAGCAAAAUCCCAGCUUCCCUCCGUUUAAUCACCAACUGCUCUCAUCAGGAAAUAAUUUUAAUUUCCCUCCGCCACCGUUUCCGUUCUCGGACCUUGUUGAUCUUUUUCACUGCGACGACUUUAACCCCUUGAGUCCCUUCUUCAGUGAUAUCUUCUCUGGGGAAAUCCCUGCCCCCUGCUUUGCCUUUCCAACCCCAUUCAACAAGUACAGAGCUCCCAGGAGCCGCAGUGGCCCCGCUAACGAGCUCCACAUCCGACUGGAGGAGUGCUACGAGCAGUGGAGAGCUCUGGAGAAGGAGAGGAAGAAGACUGAGGCUGACCUUGCAAGACACUUCCCAGGGCAGCACAUCUCCAGCUCCAGCACCUGCCUCAUGUCCCGACUCCCCGCGAACCCAUCCCGCGUGGAUCGCCUGAUCGUCGACCAGUCCCGGGAACGAGCCAGGGUGCUCGUGCUGAUAGGAAGAAUGGAGAGGCUUUGUGGUGCUCCUGUGCACAGGAACAUCUCCAGGACCUUGGAGCUCCACCUGGAAGCCAUUCAGGUGACCAAGGCACGUCGGAAGGAUGAGAUUGAGAAUGCUGCAAACCCCCAGAGUCAUGGGGUGCCACGCUAUAACAACGAGAAAGAUGUGCUGGCCUUGGCAGCUGCCCUGCGAGCCCUGGCUGGUGCCACGCGCAGGGCCCGCACCGCGCUCUGGUGCGCGCUUCAGGGGACUCUGCCAAAAUCCCCUCCAGCCAGACCCCAAAAUCAACAGCUUCUCCUUCAAGGGACGCUGCAAGAGCUUUGCCCUUCAAACACAAGCACCCAGGAAAAAAGCAGCGUGGAGCACAAAAGCAGAGGAAGUGAAAAAGCUGAGGAAGCGACGAAGAUUUUGGAAUAAGCGCAGAUGAUGAAAGGGAAGAUGAGGAUGGGGAGGGAAGGGCUCAGGUCCUGCCCAGCACCGGGAGAGGUGGAUUUCAUAGGAUGUCAGGAAGCAAAAAGGGUUAAUUAAGGUGCCUGCUCAGUGCAGUUGUGGUACUGGAAUUCUGGUGUGGAGAGACACAGCUUGUGGUGGUGUCAGUGCAGUUUUUCUGCUGCUGAGAAUUUCGAUGUUCCGAGGAGCUGAACGAGAGCUGAGCAUUUCCUCCACCCAAAGCUCUGAGUCCUGCCAGGACCUGAGCAACCAGAGCGUGGUAGAGCUUAAUUCUCCUUUUCUUUUGCUCAGUGAGACAAUUCAGCACAUUUAAAGGUCCUCAAUAAUCGUUCAGGGUUUGUUUUAUUUUGACAUUUUGCACCGUGUGUAGUUCUUUCCAGAGCCAAAGCGAUCACUGAGUAGUUUUCAUGCCAUCACUGUGUCGGGAGCAAUCCAGGCUGCUGUGCUGGUGGCUUUUGGUGACAGAUUUUCCCUCAGUUUGACAGGAAUAAUCAGUGUUCAGUGCUGGUUGUGUGACAGGCUUCAGCAGUUGUGCUGCCUGUUCAGUUUUCCAGCAAAACCAGUGUAAACCGAGCUUUUUCCAUUGAAUUGCCUGCUUUGGUUUCUCCACUAAAAAAGUGGAUUUUGUAGCUUUGCAGUGUGAACUGCAUGGAAAUGCACAUUAGCAGGUGAUAGAAAACUCGCUCAGGAUUAGAAAUUAGGUUUAUUGGUUCCUCAGUGGGUUGAAAACCAGUAACAAUAUAACAUAGAAUGCACUUAAUUAAAGUAACUAUUAUUUGUUAUUAAUA